AUGACCGCUUUGACGUACAAGGACGCGCUGAACGAGCUGGACGAUCGCCGGAUCAAGUCGAUCAAGCCUCUUCUGCCGCCGCAGAUCCUGAUCGAAGAGUACCCGCUCACGCUCCAGGCCGCCCAGACGGUUGCUUCGGGGCGCAAGGCGACCGAGGAGAUCGUCAAGCACGAAGACGAUCGUCUGCUCGUCGUCGUCGGUCCCUGCUCCAUCCACGAUGUACGUUCGGGCCUCGAAUACGCCCGCAAGCUGGCUGCGUACGCCGAGGGCGCCAAGGAGGACCUGCACAUCGUCAUGCGCGUCUACUUUGAAAAGCCCCGCACGACGGUGGGCUGGAAAGGGCUGAUCAACGAUCCCAACCUCAACGGCAGCUUCCAGAUCAACAAAGGUCUGCGCCUCGCGCGCGGCUUCCUGCUCGAAGUCAACAACCUCGGCCUGCCUGCGGGGACCGAGUUCCUUGACACCAUUUCGCCACAGUACACUGCGGACCUCAUUUCGUGGGGUGCCAUCGGCGCACGCACUACCGAGUCCCAAGUCCACCGCGAGCUCAGCUCGGGCCUGUCCAUGCCGAUCGGCUUUAAAAACGGCACGGACGGCUCGAUCUCGAUUGCGGUGGAUGCGAUCAAGGCGGCGAGCUCCGAACACGUCUUCCUCUCGGUGACCAAACAGGGCAUUUCGGCCAUUGUCGAGACGAACGGCAACGAUGCAUGCCACGUCAUCCUGCGCGGGGCCAACACCGGCCCCAACUACUCGGCCGACGACGUCAAGGCCGUUUCCGAUAAGCUCGUCGCUGCGGGGUUGGGUGCGAGGAUCAUGAUCGACUGCUCGCACGGCAAUUCCGAGAAGAAGCACGAGAACCAGACGCGCGUCGUCGCCAGCAUCGCCGACCAGCUCGCACGCGGCGACGAGUACGGCUGCAACAUCUUUGGCGUCAUGAUCGAAAGCAACCUCGUCGAGGGCAAACAGUCCAUCCCCUCUCAGGGUCCCACUGCGCUCAAGUACGGUCAGUCCAUCACCGACGCCUGCGUCAACUGGGACACCACCGUCCAGGCACUCGAUACACUGCGCCAGGCAGUGCAGGCAAGAAGAGCCCAACCCGAAGCAAAGAGGUUCUUCAAAGCCCGGCUCAGCCGCACAACCAGCUCCGUCGGUAUCAACGACCACUUUCUCGGCGCAAACUCCCAACCCACCGCCUUCAACGACGACGCACUAGCCUCGCUCGGAAAGCGCUAA